AUGAUCCAACCAUUCCCGUCCAUAGAUAUUCGCCUCCGCCAUCAUCAUUCAUCCGCAAAAACCUCCCUCUCCCCAUCAAAAAGAGAGAGAGAGAGAGAAGAGAAACAGAACUAUGGAAAAUAUUUGAUGAGUGUGUACAUUUCCGAUAAGGAUCAACAGCAGGAUUUUAUUAUCUAUGAGGUACAGGCCGACAAUGAGCUCUUCAAGUUCAACAUGGAGACAAGCCGUGGUGUGGAUGUAUAUGACGAGAUAAAGUUCCUAACAGCAACAUCACCUAUUUAUACACCCCCAGUCCACAACUUAUUGAGGUUCCUAAAAGCAGAAACAGCAAACUAA